AUGCUGCGAAUUUUGGAGAGGGUCGCUGGGGCUAAUGUUGGAUCUGGAGGCCAUAGGUCGGUUGCGGAACGAUUCUGGUCGAAUGGGGUUGAUAUAUUUAGGGAUAUCAUUGGAGUUGCUCCGAGUGUGGUCGAGUAUUGGAUGGAGGCCACAGAGUGCAUAAUGGAUGAUUUGGAUUUUACUGAUGAUCAGAAGCUCAAUGAGGCUGUGUCUUUGCUUCACGAUGAGUCUGUGAGUUCUGAUAGAUCCUCAGAGGAAAUAGGAUUUUUCAAUAUUGGUCGAGAAGGCCAAGAUAGCCGAGGAAGUGAAACGCUUAAGAAAAAGGCCAAGGCUGAAGGGCCACUUAGAGUUGGGCCUACUGUUGCACCUGCUGGGGUGGUGAUCUGUCAGCUAUGUAAUAGACGUCAUCCAGCUGCCGGAGGAGUACAGCAGCCACCCAGGGGCCGAGGACAGGCUAGGGGUGAUAACAGUAUGGGUCGAGGUCAAAGAGCACUUGAUAGAGGUGCUGGGCCGACUGAGGCGAGGCAGCCUGCACUUGUCUAUGUUGCACGUCGUCGUGGGGAUGGAGAUGCUCCAGACAUCAUCACGGGAAUUCCGUCUGAGAGUACUUCUAGUGAGAUUUCUGUGGUGAGUCCGCUGGGGCAGACCAUUAGGGUUAGUAAGCUAUUCUGGGACAUUUCGUUGGAAGUCCAAGGGACAAUAUUUUUGGCUCAUCUGAUGGAACUUUUAUUUGGGAAGUUCGACUUAAUUCUUAGUAUGGACUGGUUGGUGAAGCAUCGUAUAAGUCUUGAUUGUGCUGAAAAGAAGGUGGUUCUAAGGACCGAGGAGGAUAAUGAGGACAUUCGUACUAUGAGGGGCUUUUCAGAUGUUUUUCCAGAGGAAUUACCAGGAUUACCUCCGAGCCGUGAGGUAGAAUUUGGGAUUGAGUUGAUUCUUGGUACGGCUCUGGUGUCUAUCGCCCCUUAUCAAAUGGAACCGAAAGAGCUGGCAAAACUGAAGGCUUAA